AGAUAAAUCGUGGUCUCAUUUCAUUGGACAAGAUCUCGUCCAAUGAGCCACGGCCAUCUGUGCAGGAAUAGGGAAUUAUAAAUGAUCAUAUUACCUGUUUCCUUCAGCGUUUAUAACCGACUUUCCGUGAAAAGCAACACACACAGUUUACCUGUACAGCGGUACGGUGAAAGCAUGAGGGUCGCAGUGGCAAUAUUAGCAGUUUUUGCAUCGGUAUCUGUCACCAUUGACGCUACUGUAUACUUCAAGGAACAAUUUCAGGAUGGAGAUGCAUGGAAGAGUCGGUGGCUUGUAUCAGAGCACAAGUCAGACUAUGGCGAGUGGAAACUGACUGCUGGGAAGUUUUAUGGUGACGCUGAGGCCGAUAAAGGUCUCCAGACCAGCCAGGAUGCCCGUUUCUAUGCUCUCUCCAGCCGCUUUGAACCCUUCAGCAACGAGGGAAAGUCCCUGGUGGUCCAGUUCACUGUCAAACACGAGCAGAAGAUUGACUGUGGGGGCGGAUAUGUCAAAAUCUUCCCAGCAGACCUAGACCAGGCAGCUAUGCACGGGGACUCGCAGUAUUACAUCAUGUUUGGGCCUGACAUCUGUGGCUACAGCACCAAGAAGGUUCAUGUCAUCUUCAACUACAAAGGCAAGAACCACCUCAUCAAGAAAGAAAUCAAAUGCAAGGAUGACGAGCUGACACAUCUGUACACUCUGAUCCUGAACCCGGACCAGACAUACGAGGUGAAGAUCAACAAUGAGAAGGUGGAGUCAGGCACUCUGGAGGAUGACUGGGACAUUUUGCCCCCAAAGACUGUCAAGGACCCUGAGGCCAAGAAGCCAGAGGACUGGGACGACAGGGCCAAAAUCGACGACCCUACCGACACCAAGCCAGAGGACUGGGAGAAGCCCGAGAACAUCCCUGACCCUGAUGCUAAGAUCCCUGAUGACUGGGAUGUGGACAUGGAUGGCGAGUGGGAGCCUCCUAUGAUUCCCAACCCAGAGUACCAGGGAGAGUGGAAGGCAAAGCAGAUUGACAACCCUGAGUACAAAGGUGCCUGGGUGCACCCUGAGAUCGAUAACCCUGAGUACACAGCCGAUGCCUCCAUCUACAAGUUUGACAACAUUGGAGUGUUGGGUCUGGACCUGUGGCAGGUGAAGUCUGGAACCAUCUUUGACAACUUCCUGAUCGGUGAUGAUAUAAAAGAGGCUGAGGAGUUUGGAAACGAGACAUGGGGAGCUACAAAGGAACCAGAAAAGAAAAUGAAGGAUGCACAGGAGGAGGAGGAGAGGAAAGCGAGAGAAGAGGAGGAGAAGAGCAAGAAGGACACUGCUGAUGAUGAGGGGGAUGAAGAUGAGGAUGAGCCAGAGGAGGAGGACGAUGACAGCCCAACGGAAGAGGAGGAAGGGGAAGAUCCCAAGAAGGACAAGGACGAGUUGUAAAUGAAACCGGAUAGAGAACGUGUCUGUCCUGCCCUAUCUCCUCGCCGAUGGAGUGACUGCUGUGCAUCAUCACAUUGAGUAAUACCCUAUGGACUUGGCACUCAUGUGGAAACCUAUUUUUCAGGUGUAGGGGUGGGAAAGGGGCAGGCAAUGUUUGCCUUUUUUAGAGGUUCACUUUUUUUUGAAAGAGUUUAGGGUUGAAGAACUGGGUUUAAGUUUUUAGUUUCUGUCAGUUUAAUUUAAGAUAUUUUCCCCUUUGUUCAGAAUGUGGUCUAUCAUGUCCAUGUGUCCUACAGUUGCUCUAGGUGCUGCUGCCACCGGCUCCCUUGCUUUUAUCAUCAGCUACCAUCAGUUCAUCCCUUCAGUGUCAAAGAAAAUGAUUAUUUCCCCAUAUUUGUCAUCAGUCUUACCAGAUGUUGUCUAUGUUGGGAAACAAAUCAGGGGCAUAUCAGUUGUCGUUUCUUUACUUUUUUUCUAAAUGAUUUAUUUUUAUACAGUUGUAUGCAGUACUGUACUAUACAUUAUUAUUAACCUCUGUUUAAUUUAUUCCCACAAUCAUCCUCUGUAUGUCCACCAUGCCCAUGCUCUGUGUUGUACGUGUUGGCCCACAGGCCUUGCUUUAGUUGUAUGGCAGCUGCAGAGAUGACUGUAUGAGACUUAAGGAUCUAAACUGUGACUCAGUCUUUUUUUUGUUUGUUUCUCAAAACAUGCGACUGUCCCCAUGGCACACCGUCUUUGAGUUUCAGUAAAUAAAUGAAGCUUUUUCUUUCAA